AUGCUCGCCGGUGUGACGGAGACCUGCUGUCCCGAAGCCAAUCCCCUUUGCGCUGGAUGCGCCCUGUGGAAUACCGCCACGCAGUCCUGCGGCGCGUGCGCCGGUGGCUUUGUACCGCGCAUGCAGGGCUCCAGCUCGGAGAAGAGCUGCGUCGCCUGUUUGGAUUCGGCGGGCUGGGUGGGCUCCGACGGGAGGAACUGCCAGCAGCUGAGCUCCAGCGACUGCUCGGGUUCGAAGUUUCACGGCCUCAGCAGCAACGACGCCUGCUGCAAGUGCGGAGGAGGUGUGGUGAGCCCAACGCCGUUUUUGUAUGAGACGAAGGAGUUCGUCGUGGGUGAGACAGUGUCCAUGUUGCCGAAACCCAGAACUGCCAGUCGCUAUGGCGUGGACGAAGACUGCGCAUUGACUGAGUUCAACCUCACCAUGGACGGAGCUACCGGGGAGGUGUCCUACGCGCCAGGCCUCGACAUGCCCAAGGAGACCUUCUCCGUGACCUGCAAGGUGACGGCUUACCAGGCCGCUCACGUGGUCUUCACCACGAGUGUAACCGUCUCCGUCAAGGACCUGACCUACGGGGCUAUGCCAGUGGUUUUCACGACGGCCACUACCUUUCCGCUCAG